AUGAAGCAAGCAAAAGAAGGAAUUCAUCUAGUCGAUGGUCUUCACAUUGUCAAUUUCAAUCAAAUCACCCAAGUUCUCAAAGAUCUUGGUUAUUCUGGACCAGUAGCAGCAGCUUCUGACCAGACUGUGUGUGUCAAGCGGCUUCGACAUCAUGAUGGUCAUUUAGUUGGGGUGCAAGGUGGGGAUAUAUCAUUUGAUGAUCCUUCUGAGCUUCCAGCACUUGUAAAAUCAGUGGUCAAAAAUAAAGACCUUUGCUCAAAGAUUUGGGCUUACACUCUGCAAGUUCCCUUACCUAAUAUCCCAACUUUUGCAGUUGCACUCAUUGCUAGUUGCGAUAAGGAAACUCCAAAUGACAUCCUAGAAAACCACCUCAAGUUUUUGGAAAUGUCUCAAGAGGCUGGGAUCAAUAUCCUUUCAGUUGGUGCAGACGGCGCACCAACCAAACUAAGCGCUCAAAAUUCUCUCACGGAUACGGCGACUCAGUUUGUUAGUUACUCGAACUCACAUUACAAUGUCCAUGUCAAGGUGCCUCUGAUUGGUCAUCCUCCACGCCCAGUUGUAAUGGUGCAGGAUCCUAAGCACGCUCGUAAAACUGGUGCAAACCAGUUGAGCUCUGGAGCUUGUCUUCUUGUCAUUGGUAAAUAUCAUGUCUUGAUACAGCAGGUUGCUGCUUUACUCCAGUAUGGAAAUAGCCUGCUACUUCAUAAGGACAUAUUUGACUGUGACAAACAAGAUGAUGUCCAAGCCUUUCAAACGUUGAGCUCCAGCACCCUAGCAGCUUCACUGGCGCAUGAUGACAUGAUUGAGUUUUAUCCAAACAUCCCUUUGCUCCCUUGGAAGCAUGGGAGCGAGCCCUGUGAACACGUUUUUGGCUGGAUGCAUGUGAUUUCUCCAAGAUCCACUGUUCUCGACGCUAGAAUGAUGAUGCCAAAAAUUCAUGCCAUAGUCAAGAAUAUUAUGUUGGGCAGAAUGAAGAUACCCUCAUCAGAACACAUGCAUUCUGGGUAUCAAUACGCUUUUUCUGAUGAACCUGACAAUGAAAAUAUCAAAUUUCUUGCUGAAUUCCCAUCUGACAAAGAAAUUUCGGAAGAUCUUGGAAUUGCCUAUGAGCAAGCCAAUCAACUUGCGCUGAUUUGUGGAAUGGGUUCACUCAAUUCCACCAUUGAUGAUGUUCCAGAAGAUCUGGAUGACUCGUAUCAAAAUUCACCCAAAAACUUAUCAGCACUAUUAUAUUGA